AUGGCGUCUCUCUUCUCCACACCAACUUCAACUUCCUAUCUCUUCCGUGAAAAAUCCUCAUUAUACGGCGCCGUUUUACCUCUCAGCUGCCGACUUAGCACCAGAGCCAAGGAGUCGUCAUCGUCGCCGGCUUUGAACCCUGACUCUCUAAUCAAGGAGCCUCACAAGUACUUCGACCAGGUCGUCAUCACUGUCCGCUCUGGCGACGGCGGCCACGGCGCCGUGCUCAGCAUGCCGAACCAGAGACCUGCUAAGGCGCCGCAGGGGAAGGUGGAGAAGGAGAAGGCCAGGAGGAGGGGGCUGUUGAAGAAGGACUUCGGUGGGUCCCUCAUUCUUCCCACUGGUGGCCAUGGAGGUGAUGUGGUGAUCUAUGCUGAUGAGGAAGAAGAUACAUUGUUGAAAUUUCAUAAUAAAGGGAGGUAUAAUGCGAAGCGCGGCGGCAAUGUGGCUGCCAUGGGAGUCUUGACCUCGCAACUGAGGGAUGGAGUUGCUGCCCCGACUCUGCGCAUUGCUGUGCCUGUAGGUACUGUUGUGAAGCGGAAGCGAGGGACGCUGUUGCGUGAUCUGGCACAGCCAGGUGAUGAGAUCCUUGUAGCAAGGGGAGGACAAGGAGGGAUGAGCUUGGUAGAAAUGCCGGAGCGUAGCAAGAAAAAGUUGAUGGCUUUGACCACUAAUGUGAUGAGAGAUGAUAGCGAUAAGGUUUUAUCACUUGGUCAACCUGGAGAGGAGGUUACUUUGGAGUUGAUUCUACGAGUUGUUGCUGAUGUUGGUUUGGUUGGCCUCCCAAAUGCUGGAAAGUCAACCCUUUUGGCAGCCACUACCUUUGCAAAACCGGAUAUUGCUGAUUAUCCUUUCACAACCUUGAUGCCAAACCUAGGACGUCUUAAUGGUGACCCAAGUUUAGGGGCACAGAUGUAUACUUCUGAAGCAACAUUAGCAGAUUUACCUGGUCUUAUUGAAGGUGCUCAUCUUGGGAAGGGUCUUGGUCGCAACUUCUUGAGGCAUCUGAGGAGGACUCGGCUAUUGGUACAUGUUGUUGAUGCAGCAGCUGAGGAUCCUGUUAAUGACUACAGAACCGUCAAAGAAGAAUUGCGAAUGUACAACCCUGAUUACCUAGAACGACCGUACAUAGUGGUAUUAAACAAAAUUGACAUUCCCAAGGCAAGUGAGAGGCUUCCGUCUCUGACUGAAGAAAUAAUGAGACUCGGUAAUGUACCUUCUUCAGGAGUUCGUAGUAGAGACAGAAAGGAAAAAGGGAUUGAAGACUAUCCACGACCCAUUGCCAUUGUUGGAGUCAGUGUAUUGAAAGGCAUCAAUAUCAGUGAAAUGCUGAAGGAGAUAAGGGCUGCUCUGAGAAUGUGCCGCGACUGAACUGUAGAUUGAGUGUGAAACUGCGGGAUUUAUGUAGAACAGAAACAACGCCCUUUAUUGCAUGAGGGUCUUCUCAGUGAGUAGGUUAGACAAUUUUGUGU